UGUCUCGGACUUGUUCUCGUACUGGUUCCUUAAUUUACUCGAGUCUUCCAUUCCUGUUUCUUCUUUCCUUCUUUCCUGUGAUCUGUUAGAUCCUUUCCCUGUUCGUAAUAUACAUACAAAAGGGACAGUCACAGACGCAAAUCCCAUUACCUACGCAUGCCCUUUGUCGGUCCGUUAGUCCAACGAUUCCGUUACACAUUACUCCAAUGUUUCUCUGACCAAAUGAUUCUCUCAUUGUGCUUCCUCAUCAUAAGAUUCUCUCUUUCAUCUCCCCAUUGAAAACCCUCGCCAAAGUUAUUGACUUUUCUGGUUCAACCGCAAUGGGUUUGCUUCAAUUUCUUCUUCUGAUCUCUCUAGGGGUGAGGAGUUAGCCAGUUUUUUAUUCUUUUUCUGAGAUUCCCACAUGGAUCGGGGGUUUAGAUUUCUGUGUCAGGCAGAAACUACGAGAUUAGUUUCAUUUGUAGGAAUAACAGUGGCUAUAGUUUUCAUGGUUCAGUAUUCUGAACUUCCUAGUAGUAAAUUCUUAUCUUCUGUUACUACCAAGUUUACUAGUUUCACAAUGGAUACAUCAUCUUCAGUUAAUUCUAAAGUGGAGGGUAAUAAUUUGCACCUAAAUGGUUCAAAUUCAAACUCUACUCAUGCAUUGGAAGAGACAGCAAUUAGUCCUCAGGUACCUCUCUUUCACAAUGGCAGUGAUUCAAUUACUUCCCCUGCAGCAGAUACAUCUAAAGAUCUUGAUAGUGUUGUCAAUUUCACAGCCAGAAAUGAUGGUUCCCCGGUGAGUAGUGUUCAGGGAAGAGAAAUUAAUUUGACAUCACAAGGGGCUUCAUCACCACAGCCUAUGGUGCCAUUGCCCAACAGAACAUCCUUAGAUUCAGAAACGGAUUCAAGAAGUCCUGUGGUAUCUGUCACUUCAGCUGCAACUUCAGUGAAAUCGAAUACUGAUCCAGUUUAUAAGGAUGGAAACUCAGGUUCUUUGCCAGGUAAUAGUAACUUGACAUCCAAUAAUGUCAAGCCUGUGACUGCAAAGAAUUCCAAAAAGAGGCCAUCUAAAGUAGUUUCAAUAUCUGAGAUGAACUUGCUGUUGCAGCAUAAUCAUGCUUCUUCCAAGCUAGCGAAACCAGCAAGGGCUUCAGCUGUUGAUCUGGAAAUAUUGCAUGCCCAAUCAGAGAUUUUAAAUGCACCCCUCAUUAUGAAUGAUCCAAGGCUUUACCCUCCUUUAUACAGGAAUGUCUCCAUGUUCAGAAGGAGUUAUGAACUAAUGGAAAAUAUGCUCAAAGUUUACAUCUACCAGGAUGGGGAUAGACCAAUCUUUCAUGAGCCCUUACUGGAUGGAAUAUAUGCAUCUGAAGGAUGGUUCAUGAAAUUAAUGGAGGCAAACAAACAGUUUGUCACUAGAGACCCUGGGAAGGCUCACUUGUUUUACAUACCUUUCAGUUCAAGAUUGUUGCAGCAAACUCUCUAUGUACGUAAUUCACACAGACGUUCCAACUUAAUUGAGUACAUGAAAAAUUAUGUGGACAUGAUUGCUGGAAAGUAUCCUUUCUGGAAUAGAACUUCUGGAGCAGAUCACUUUGUUGUUGCGUGCCAUGAUUGGGCUCCUGCAGAAACAAGAGGGCGCAUGCUUAGUUGCAUCAGAGCCCUCUGCAAUGCUGACAUUGAAGUAGGAUUCAAGAUAGGCAAGGAUGUUUCUCUUCCAGAAACAUACAUAAGGUCAAGUGAGAAUCCUGUAAAAAAUAUAGGGGGUGAUCCUCCUUCUAAGAGGCCUAUCCUGGCUUUUUUCGCAGGAGGUUUACACGGUUAUGUUCGGCCUAUUCUGUUGAAGCACUGGGAGAACAAAGAACCUGACAUGAAGAUAUCUGGUCCCUUGCCACAUGUCAGGGGUAAUGUAAACUACAUCCAGCUCAUGAAGAGCAGCAAAUUCUGCAUCUGUGCACGAGGUCAUGAAGUUAAUAGCCCGCGUGUGGUAGAGGCAAUAUUCCACGAGUGCAUUCCAGUCAUCAUAUCUGACAAUUUUAUUCCUCCUUUCUUUGAGAUUCUGAACUGGGAAUCUUUUGCUGUGUUUGUCAAGGAGGAAGAAAUCCCUAAUUUGAGGAACAUACUGCUGUCCAUCUCAGAAGAAAGAUACUUAGAGAUGCAUAAGAGGGCGAAAAAGGUGCAAGAGCAUUUUCUCUGGCAUGCUGAACCUGUAAAGUAUGAUUUGUUUCAUAUGCUUCUUCAUUCAAUUUGGUACAAUAGACUUUUCCAUAUAAGCCGGACAUGACGAUAUGAAUUUUGGAGACAAGUCACUGUGAUUGAUAGCUUGAUGAUGUAUAGAUUGUUUGAGUUAACAAAUGAAGCAAGAACAAUAUGGUUAGAGAAAAAGUUCAUUGAUUCUAGAGAAAAUGUUAUUGUUUGAUUCAUAUCCCUAGAGAAUAAUUGAUUCA